AUGAAUUUUUGUCGAAAAUCUGAGAAGCUGAUUGAAAAUGGCGAAAGUUUUGCGAAAUCAUCAAGGAUUGCCUCGAGGAACCGCGGAUUUCACCUGCAGUUUUUUAUUUUUCGGCAAGUUUUUCCGAUUUUCCGCAAUGUUUGCGAAUUUUGGUGCUUUUGGCAACUUUUUGUCGAUUGUCUCAGACUUGUAGCUAGUCUCAAUGUUGUUUUAUAUCAAUUUAGCUAUGUACUUUCAGGAUGAUCAGCAGAAGCGUGUUUCUGUACGCCCUGAUUCUCGCUUUGGCUCAUGCCGCCGCCGUGAACAACACCAGCAACAGAACCCCAAAGCAUCAGCCAGAAGAAACAGCAAAAUCAGUGGGAAAUCAUACGGAAAUGUCGCGGAAUUUGACGGCUGACGAUGCGGAAUUGCACAUGGAGUUCAUGACAGAACUCGAGAAUUCUAUCUUGAGAGAGGUGUUGGGCUUGGAAAAUGCGACUGGCUACUAUUUCAACCAGACGACGAUCAUUUUCAGCGACCUUAUGGUGAGUUAUUUUCCAUUUUUUGUUGUUGGUUUAGUUGCAAAAAGGUGCGGGAGGGCUCUCCUGAGCUUAUAUUUUAUUGGGGUUACCUUAAAAAACGUUUCGAUGUUAUACUUGGUAUUUGCAGAACGAUCCCUGUGUUCGCAAUGGAAAUUCCACAUUGCCGGCCAUUUUCGCGUUCAUCGUUGGACUCAUUGCCUUCCCCAUCCUGAAGUGCUCGUGUGCUGCGCUCUGCCGACGUGGAAAGAACGCUCGGAUCCAGCGAAGAUACCUCCGAGGGGAGAACAAAGGAGAUGUCUCUGGCCUGAACAAACUCAUCCAAGAAGCCACUGCCAACGAUUCCGAAGUUGAUAUGUAA